AUAUUACGACACAGGUGCUUCGUCAACAGUAGCAACAAAAGAGCUCGCUGAACCAGAAGAACGCAUUGUCAUUAGUACGCAACGGUUCCAGUACAGUACUAACUUAAAGACAUCACCAUGAAGCCAGACAUCUUUAUACUUCUGCUCCUUGGUUCUUCUUUCACUUUUUAUUCGUCGACCGGUGCUGAGAUGGAGCCAACCAGCUAUCAAAACACGGCCCGGGAACACCAACACGCAGCCAACCAUCAUCAAGUGACCCGGAGUGCAACAGACCAGUGUCCUAUACCGUACAUCACUAUUGGAGGUCGGUGUUUGUUCUUCGACAUAAUAGCUACAGGCAGUUGGCACGAUAAGAAGUACAUCUGUGAGACUCUGGAUGGCCACCUCGCUAUUGUGGACGACGCCAACUUUCUGGGGGAUAUUACUGAUUACAUCUACGCUCAUGAGUUAACAGCUGUUGCCUACUGGCUGGGAGCGAGUGACGAGGAGGAGGAAGGGUCGUGGAAGUGGGUGGACGGUUCACCAAUGAGAAUGGGAAUGCCACUAUGGCAUAACUGUACUCACCCGGACCCCGAUGGCGGAGUGAAGCAAAACUGUCUCGAGAUUGACAGUUUUUACUCAUAUUACUUCAUAGAUGAUGUGUGUGACCUGAUGUUAAAUUCAAUAUGUGAAUAUGACAUGCAAAAGAGUACAAAGUAAAGCACAAUAAUAAAUAUGCCCAUGAAUGAA